AUGGGGGUCACGACGUCCAGGCCUUCGUGCUGCUAUAGCAGCAGCUGCUCGGACUGUGGUAUCAGCCGCUUACUCAGGCUGUUGCGCAGUGUAGUAUACUUCUUUCAGUGGAAGAUUGAAUCUGUUGAAAGAGACCGGGCACAGCUGGAAGGUGAGCCCAACACCAAGAUUGUAAAAGGUAUUGUGACAAGCUGUGGCAAUGACUAUGGCUGGAUAGAAGACUGUGUCUUCUUCAGCACUGAUGUUGUGAUCGGCCCUCUUCCUCUUCAAGCUGGAGAUAAAGUUUUGGCUUUUGUGGAGGAAGACCCACUGUCACAUGACUUGAAAGCAACCGAAGUAUGUGUCUUCUCUGAAGAUGAUAAGCCUAGAGAUCCAGACUCCAAGAUUCAUGAUUUGUCUGUGUGUGUUUCCCUCGUGAAGAAAGACAUGAUCUACAUCGCCGAUGAGUACUACUUCUACCUGGACAGCAUUUCUAAAGCUAUCUUAGGUUUUACACCAUAUGAAGGGGACUGGCUAGAUAUUGAGUAUUCUGCAGAAGAAGGAUCGCCAAAGAUCUCAAUACACUCACUGAAGGCCACACAGUGUAGGCGCCUGGAGGAGGUCCGUAUAACUAGCAUGCACAGACGACAAGGAGUGUUGAAUCAUACCAUCUUCUUCACCUUAGAAUCACUGAAACGCCCCGUGGGCUACACCCCUCAUGCAGGCCAACUUGUCAGCGCGGUGAUAGUGCAAAGCAUCCGGCCCAACUACAACUGGAGGGCAAUCUCCAUGACUCCAGUGCUCAUGAUAAGGGGUCGAUGUCAGGGACCUGGUGGGAUGAUUGGGCCCCAGAUGGUGGAGUUCCGGGACUCGGGUACAUGA